AUGACGAACGGACAACCCCUCGGCAGCGCUCCCAUCGUAAUCGGCGAUGAUGUCCGCUACAGCCCAGACGACCUACUGCUGCCCAAGCAGUAUCACAAAUACAUCGAAAAUAUAAUUAUUCCGAACGGGCUUCUUAUGGACCGCGUGGAGAAGAUGGCCUACGAUAUCCGGAAGGCGUAUAGGAACAGGGAGCUGCACUGUCUGUGCUUAUUGAAGGGCUCUCGCAGCUUUUUCUCUGCCCUCUUCCAGCACUUGGCGAAGCUGAGUCUGUACGAUGAGGAGGCGACUUGCCCUCCUUUCUUUGAGCAUUACUUGCGCGUGAGUUCUUGCGUGGGUACAGAGAGCACCAACCAGUUGAAGGUGGUGAGCGAUGAUCUCUCCUGCCUGAAGGGAAAGGAUGUUUUAAUUGUAGAGGAUAUCAUAGACACAGGACUCACCCUUACAGAGCUGCAGAAAUACCUGCAGCAGUUCCAGCCUAACAGCGUUCGUAUAGCAACGCUUACACUUAAGCGUACUACUCGUUCAAAUGGGCAGACAGCGGACUUCGUCGGUUUCUCUCUACCGGAUAAAUGGGUUAUUGGGUUCAGCUUCGACUGCAACCAGAUGUUCAGAGACAUGCCUCAUGUUUGCACACUGAGUGAUAACGGCAAAAGGCUGUUGGGUCUGAAGGUGUAA